AUGACACAAAGAUUGGAUGAUGAUUUUGUUUUUUCAGCAACUACACAUUCAUUAAGUCAUAUAUCUAGUAUUUUGAAUUCAUUAACUUCUGUUAAUUCACAAGUUUUAAUUACAAUUGAUGAAGAUGGAUUAAAUUUUAUCACUGAAUAUUCACAUAUAUGUAGAGGUAUGAGUAAUUUUAGUGGUAAUAAGAGAUUUUAUAUACUAACAAAGAUAAUAGCUGAGAUAACACUUGAAAAAUCAUUAUUCACCACAUAUCAAUAUAACCCUCAAACUAAGGAUAAAGAUAAUAAUGAUGAUACAGAUGAUUCAGAUUCAAAUUCAGAUUCAAAUUCAAUUGAUAAUACAAAUCAAAAUAAAUUUGCAGUUGAUUUAACUCCAAUUGCUGAAAGUUUAAGUCUUGCAUCUAAAAAUAAUACUCAAUUCAAUGGUAACAAUAAUAAUUAUUAUUCACAAACUGAAUGUACAAUUUUUUAUAAAGGUUCAGGUUAUCCAUUUAUAUUAAUAUUUGAAGAUAAUAAAAUGAUUGAAAGAUGUGAAUUUUCAACAUUUAUAAAUUUGGAAUUAGAAGCUAAUAAUAUAGGUUUUGAAUUAAAUCAAAAUGAUUUAUUAGUUGAAGGUAUUAUAAAAUCUGAUGUUUUAUAUGAUGCAUUAAAAGAUUUAAAAGAUAUAAAUUCUGAACAAAUUUAUAUUUAUGCUACAUCACAACAAGAUAAUAAUAAUAAUAAUAACAAAUCAUAUGAAAGAUUAGCAUUGAUUUCUAAAAGUGAAGUUGGUAAUUCAACUUUAUAUUUACCAAAUGAAAAAUCAAUAUUAGAAAAAUUAAUUAUUUAUAAUAAUGAUCAAUAUAAUUUAAGUUGUUAUGAAUUUAAUAUUUUUAAUAAAUUUUUAAAAAGUAUUAAAUUAUCAAAUAAAUGUAAAUUUAAAAAAGAUUCAAAUAAAUUAAGUUUAAAUUUAUUAAGUCUUUAUGGAUUUGAUUUACCAAAAAAUUAUACAGGUACAAUAUUUGAUUUUAAAAUUUUACAAAAAGAUUUUGAUGAACCAAUUGAAAAUUUAAUACCUGAAAAUGAAAAACAAAGAUUGGAAAGGCAAGAUCAACAAGUUGAACAACAUGAACAACAACAUGAACAAGAACAAGAUAAUAUAAGAUACAAUUUAAAUGAAAAUCAAUAUGAAGAAGAAGAAAAUGGAGGUAUUGAUGUUCCAAUAUUCAUCUAA